UGUUGGGAAGGAAGACAUUCACCAAAUCCCGAAGCUAGAAGUGUCCUGCAAUGGCGUCAAACUCCCCAGCACUCAGAGUUCUGGAGAACUCCCGGGUCUCCCCACCACCCGGAUCGGUUGCUACUGCAUCCAUCCCCCUCACCUUCUUUGACGUAAUCUGGUUAAUGCAUUACCAGCCUGUCGAGCGCCUUUUCUUCUAUGACUUCCCCCAUCCAACUGCUCAUUUCAUAGACUCCUGCCUCCCAAACCUCAAAACCUCCCUCUCCCUCACCCUGCAGCACUUCUUCCCUUUUGCCGGUAAUCUCCGUCGCUCCCUCGGCAGCGAUGACCGGUACGAGAUAUGCUACGUCGAUGGCGACUCUGUCCCCUUCACCGUUGCGGAGCACGACGGUGAUUUGAUGAGAGGCGUUGCAAGUGAUAGGAAAGCUUAUUUAUUAUUCCCGGUGGAUUGCAGGGGACGACUGCAACCGCCACUCCCGGCGGCGUACUUCGGAAAUUGUGUAGGGCCUUGUUUUGUAGAGGUAGCGGUGGGCGAUGUUAUUGGAGAAGAAGGGUUUGUAGCGGCGGCGGAGGCAAUUGGGAAAGCAAUUGAAGGAACAAAAGACGGAAUUUUGGAUGAUGCGGAGAGAUGGAUACGAAGACUUGUGCCCGUGCUACAUGAGCUACCCAUGAGUGUUGCGGGUUCACCAAAGUUCAGGGUUUAUGAGACUGAUUUCGGAUGGGGAGGACCGCAGAAGGUUCUGGUGACGUCCAUCUUGGGUCCCGGAGCCAUAUCGGUGGCAGAGAGCAAAGACGAGCAAGGAGGAAUUGAGAUCGGUAUGGUGCUCCUAAAGCAUGUGAUGGAUGAAUUCAGUGCUCGGUUCUGGAAUGGAUUGAAACUCCUUGCAAAAUAAUCGUCGACUCAGGUGCCAGCAGGAUUGGUAACCAUAUUGUCGGUGAGAGGGAGGGUGAGAAGGAGAGAGACGUGUUCUGUUCUAGUUUGAUAAGAUAAAGAGGUUUAUACAAUAAGUAAUUUUCAUGUGAAGGAAACAAAUGAUCGUGGUCCUUUUUGCACAAAUUCUAGCUUCUAAUCAUCUUAAAAAUAUCGAGGCUUGCCUUGUCGUUUGUCGUGGAAAACUAAGGACUUUUUAAUUCAGCUUUUAUAUAGCCCCCUUUUUUUUUUUUUUUUUUAGGGUAAAGAGGAUGCAAAACAGCCAUCCUGAUUUCUUACAUGGGAAUAAUGCGGUGGAGUAUUUGCAGAGUCAGUGAAACAGGAAGAGUCGGACUGCGACAGCAAGAGAUCAAAAGGAGACGUCAACAGGGUCCCUGUUGGCAAUUCAGAGGAGACAAUGAAACAGGGAUUGAGUUCUAUUUGAACCAAUUGAGUGGACCUUUGAUUUUGAUAUUCCAAGACAACCAUUGAGAAGCUACAAGCACCUCCUUUUUAAUGCUAAUUAGUAUAGAUCACAAAAUACAGAAACUGAAUCCGACCGUAAUUAAUCGAGUUUUUUACGAAUCACAACUCGAUUCAAGUUCGGUUGCAUACGAGUUUGGUUUCAUAUGGGUUCGGUUCAUAUGGAUCUUAUUGGAUGGAUUUCUUUGGAUUUCGAUUAUUUGCUCAGUCUUAUUUUCAAAUAUCUUUUUAAAUUACAAUA